AUGGCCGACGCCCUUGCCUCACAACUCAGCAACACCAAGCUCGGAGACGGAAACACAGACCAAAGACUCCAGGAUACGUUGAAGCUACCACCUAAAGAUGCUCGCCCCCAAACUGAAGAUGUCACUGCUACUAAGGGCCUGGAAUUUGAAGACUUCUACAUCAAGCGAGAGCUGAUGAUGGGAAUCUUCGAGGCCGGAUUUGAAAAGCCAUCCCCCAUUCAAGAAGAGACGAUACCCGUUGCUCUUACAGGGCGAGAUAUCCUGGCCCGAGCCAAGAACGGUACCGGCAAGACCGCUGCCUUCGUCAUCCCCACUCUAGAACGCAUUAACCCCAAGAACACCAAAACCCAAGCCUUGAUCCUGGUGCCUACCAGAGAGUUAGCCCUUCAGACUUCGCAAGUCUGUAAGACACUCGGAAAACACUUAGGUAUCAAUGUCAUGGUUACCACCGGUGGAACCGGGCUCAUGGACGAUAUCAUUCGUUUGAACGAUGCCGUUCACAUUCUUGUCGGCACUCCCGGUCGAGUUCUGGACCUGGCCAGCAAGGGUGUCGCUGAUUUAUCCGAAUGCCCCACCUUCGUCAUGGAUGAAGCUGACAAGCUUCUAUCCCCCGAGUUCACUCCUGUUAUCGAACAGUUGAUGUCCUUCCAUCCCAAGGACCGUCAGGUCAUGCUCUUCAGUGCUACAUUCCCCAUGAUUGUCAAGCACUUCAAGGACAAGCACAUGCGCAACCCCUACGAGAUCAACCUGAUGGACGAACUGACUCUGCGUGGUAUCACUCAGUUCUAUGCUUUUGUCGAAGAAAAGCAGAAGGUUCACUGCCUCAACACUCUCUUCUCGAAGCUCCAGAUUAAUCAGUCCAUCAUUUUCUGCAAUUCCACAAACCGUGUGGAGUUGCUAGCGAAGAAGAUCACUGAGUUGGGCUACUCUUGCUUCUAUUCGCACGCUCGCAUGCUUCAACAACACCGUAACCGCGUGUUCCAUGACUUCCGCAAUGGCGUGUGCCGCAACCUCGUUUGCUCGGAUCUGCUGACCCGAGGUAUCGAUAUUCAAGCGGUCAACGUCGUCAUCAAUUUUGAUUUCCCCAAGAAUGCGGAGACCUAUCUGCACCGUAUUGGUCGUUCUGGUCGUUUCGGUCACCUUGGUCUCGCUAUUAACUUGAUCAACUGGGAAGACCGUUUCAACCUGUACAAGAUUGAGCAGGAGCUGGGUACCGAAAUCCAACCUAUUCCCCAAAACAUCGACAAGAAGCUCUACGUCUAUGACUCGCCCGAAAACAUCCCGCGCCCCAUCUCCAACCCGGCCCAGCCUAUGAUCACCCCGGGACCUCACCACCCAAACAAUGGUGAUCGUCAACCACGUCGCCAAAACCACCACAAUGCCAAUGGUGGACAAUACGUCAACAACAAUACCCGAGGCCGUGGGUUCUACCGUGGCAGCCGUGGCAGCGGCCAUGGGCAAGGCCCUCGUCGCGGUGGCCCGAGUGAUCCGAACAAGGUUGGCUUUGCUCCUAGCCAAAUCGGACCCAAGCCCCCGGCGCCUAUCUCUUAA